AGAGAUGGCAGGGAAAGGAAGUGAGAGAUAGAGACAGACACAGUGAGAGUGAGUGAGAGACAGAGUGAGUGAGGCAGUGAGAAAGGAAUAUCACUGCACUCAGUAAUCGUCAGGAAGAGUUUGUUGGAGCAGCACGACAUAGUGCGCCUUGAAAAAUUUGGGAAGUUUCCAAAAAGGAUCCUUUAUAAACUCGUCACCUUAAUGUCGGGACUGCUGAAUAUUGCCCCACCGAUGCUAUGGUUACCUUUAUCACGGUGUUACAGGUGAAUCUAGUGAUGUCAAUCCUUCUGUACGUGAUAUUCCUCACGUACCUCUACUGCGUCUCUAUAACUGCCAUGAACAAGCAGCGUCCCACGCAGGACCCCAUCAACACACUCAUUGUCAAGCUGCUGCAGGCUGACAUAAGUCGCAGCCGACAGCGGCAAGAUGAGGGGAACCAGAACACACCCAUGCUUACUUCUCUCAAUGCACCUACAGAUACCGAAUACCCCCAGAACAUCAGCCCAUCUGCCUAUCAGUCUAAGAGGGCUAUGGCUGAUGAGCUGUUGAGGCAGCACAAGCGAUACAACUCACCGCGAGUGUUACUGAGUGAGAGGCCACCCCUGCAACCCCCACCACUAUACCUCAUGGAUGACUUUGAGGGUGCUCGGGAGACUCAGAGCACCAAUAAGACGCGCCAGAAGCGUUAUGCCGAGCACAAGAGCUACCGUGGUGAGUACUCAGUAUGUGACAGCAAGAGCCAUUGGGUGACAGACAAGACCAUGGCGGUGGACAUCCAUGGCAACGAGGUUUCGGUGCUUACAGAGGUCAAAAUACAACAGUUGACUAUGAAGCAAUACUUUUAUGAAACAACCUGCCAGAACAGCAAGCCAAUUAAGAGUGGCUGCCGAGGCAUAGAUGACAAGCACUGGAACUCACAGUGCAAAACCUCACAGACAUAUGUACGUGCCCUCACCAAGUACAACAACAAGACGAACUGGAGCUGGAUACGGAUAAACACCUCAUGCGUUUGCGCACUUUCACGCAAACACCGCAGGACGUAAAAAUAAAGAAAACUAAUCCAUUGUCUUUCUGUUUUACCCUGGGAGGUUGUAAAUAUGAUUAUAAAUUAUUAUUUAAGUUAUAUGAAAUAAAUGUAGUCUAUACAUGCUUAUAUGAUGUAUAAAUAUAUUUGUGUUAUUUAUUUAAGUUGCUAUCUAAGCAUAUUCUAAAAAGAGAGACAUGGAUGGACUUAAGAUGACUUAAGACAUACAAUGCCACUAAGCUAAAAGGGUAUGUAAAACUAUGUGCCUUGCUUAAACAUCAUCACCAACAGUCAGAGGACAUAUCACUCCUUUGGACCUAAAAUCCUGGGAUCAGCUGCAAUUGAAGUAUAAACUUUAAUGUAAUUUUUGUUAUAAAAGAAAAGAAAAGAAAAGAAAGGUUUUAUGCUCAGAAAAGGGUACAUUCAACAAUCACAUCCUCAUCACUCAUCGACAGUAUUGCUCCAGUCUAUGCUACUGAUAUUGUGCUGUCAGUAUGUCUGGGAAAAAGAAGUCAUAGUUUAGAUGAUCUCAUUCACUUUGAAUAAAUAUGCCACAGAGCAUAUGAGAUAUAUGUGUAUCGCAAAAUGCAUGGAAUAAUUAAGAAAUAUAUAUUUUUGUAUAACUCAUCUACUUGUGCACAGAAUGCAGUGCAUAUGGGUGUACUGGUCAUACAAACCUAUGUACAGAAAAUUGUUAACAGCAAAUAUCUGAAACAUUGUACCCCUGAAGAUCAACAGUACAGCAAUGAACCCAAGAAGUGGAGUCCAAUAUUUCUCAUAUACUUGUAGGGAGUCUAUUUAAAAGGUGGAUAUAUGUGAAACUAUAUCAAUGAUUGAUAUAUUGCCUCUGAUCACAAUAAUAAUACAAUCAUUGUUCAACCUUUCACAUUCCUUUACCACAUAAAACCUAGUUUACCAGAGACUAAGCCUCUGACACAGUUCACUCCAGAGCACAGUUGCUUCUUCUCAAGUUGUCAAUCAUAUACUGCUGCCAAUGGUUCAAUUUCUGCUAUAACUAUAGCAGCAAGCCACUAAAAAUUGCCACUAAACUAGCUGUUAUUAAUGACAAAAUUACUCAGAGGAGUAAAGCUGUACUAAGUUAAUGUACAUACUGGGAUUUGAAUACCAUUGAAAGGGUUUGCCUUUCUUGGGGUUAUUUUAAGGAAAACAAGAAAACUUGCUGAUUUCUCUCCCUUUUUGGUAAGUGACACAUUAAAUAUGUCGAAACAGUCUCUUGAUACCAGUAGGGUUUCGUUCUUAGUACCUUACCAUCACCUCUGAGACAAAUGUUUUUUUUUCCCAACAGUUUUUCUUGUUUCUCUUUGCUAUGCUGUUACAUAGUUUAUAUAUACAUAUAUAUAAAAUGAUAAAAAAAAAUUGUCUAUCUUUUAUUUUACAAGGUCAUCUGAUUACCAAAAAGUUUCUCUUUGGAACUGGGUAUAUUAAUAUAAAACUGGUUGCAAUAGCUUAAAUAACUUGUCUGUCCUGUCCUAACCUAUGACUGUUCACUCUAUACCUCAAAUAAGCAUAUACAAUAUACAAUCACAACAGAUGUCUUUUUAAUCAAGUGCUAAAAGCUUGAUCCAGUUUGAAUCAUGCUGUGGUUGUUACGACCAACAGGUUGUACAUUGGGGAACCAUUUACCAAACAAACUGUUUGAAUCCCAGGCUUGUUUUUUUUUUUAUUUAUUUUUUUUUAACUACACAUAAAUAAAAGAUCUCGUGCCCUUUAAAAGAAAGGGUCCAUUUUACAACAAAUAGUUCCUACAUCUAGGCGAUGUACAACCUAGAAUUUAACACUUCCAGAUGUUACCUUUUUAAAUUUACCCCUGGCUCUUUUAGAGGAUAUACAGACAGGUUGCCACCAUCUUAUCAUCCUGAACACCAGUUUCACAUGUGCAUAACGAGAUAAUUACGAUAGUAUCCCAGUCAGACUAUAUACACUUCAAUAUGUUGUUGUUUCUCAUUGGACAUUUUGUAUUUGUAUUUUUAUUUUUGAUUAUUAGAGAAAAAGUGUCCAUAAAUAUUUUGCAUUUAUGAGGAGUUGAGUGACAGUAAAAGAGCAAGAAGCUGGUGCUUUACAGCACAGGGGUCAGCUAUGCUUAAACAGGUCCAUCUUGGUUUCUCAGGUGACUGUAAUAACAGUCCCAAAACAUCCCAUAGGGUCAUGGAAGAGACCCUUUACCCUAUAAAGCCAUUUGAAAAAGUACUACUGCAGUGUCCUAUAAAUUUUUAAAGGUUUUUAAGGAUGUUUCAGAGAAAGGUCUUCAUCAGCUACGCAUGCAAAGUGCUUGGAAAAAACACAAAUUUGUAAAACAAAAAAACAACAAAAAACUUAUAUAUAUAUAUAUAUAUAUAUAUAUAUAAAUUGCAAAACUCAUUAUCCACAUUUGUAUCAAGAUAUGCAUUGUUAUGAAACAUUAAUAAUAUUGCAUUGUACUUAACUGUGUUUUAAUAGUACAUUUAAAACCACAAAGAAAUAUCAAAAGAGCAUCUGAUUAAAGGCUCUUUAGGCCAGCCAAAUUAUAACUGACAAACUCUGCCUGUUUUGAGUGAAUUUUUGGGCGUGAGUGUAUGAGAGAGUUCAACACCAUUCAGAUGUCAGCUAACAUUAAAAACAGAACAGGAUAUAUCCUAUGUUUCAUUUGGUAUUCCAAUGGGAUACCUCCUCCAUUUCUAUCUGUAACUAUAGGAAGAAAGUACAUGCAAUACAGGAACUCACUUUGCUCUUAUUUCCCCUGGAAGCUCUAGAGAAUGAGCCUACACAUUCAUUUGCACACAUUCUCUUUCCCAUAAAGCUGAAUCUAACACUGGAGUCUGGAAGGCAUACAGCCAUACACACCCUUGACUUUGCUCAUGUUUGGAUUGUCUUUAAUUCAUCCAGUGCCACAUUCCAAGGUGUAUUGUGCUGUGUGUAAAAGGCCCUGCUGUUGUAGUGUAUACUGUAUACAGUUCUUGCUGCUUUAAUUAUGAUGACCCUGAUCAAGGAACCAUUGCAAAUGCUGAAAUCCAAGGACAUGUACUCUCUUUUUAUUGAUGAAUACUUAGAACUUUCAAAAGGAGAAUGUGCCAAAAUGUUCGAUUCUUGGAGCACCUGAUAUAUAAAUGUCUUUUUUUUUUCUGGGUAUGUCAAGACUGAGUUAACUGUGACCAAUAACAGAGCUCUAUUUUAAUAAGAUAAAGACAUGUAUGUUGGAUGUUUCUUGUUUAGUGAAGUAGUUUCCAUUUAAUCUACCCUUUCUGACCUGAUGUCCCUACUUGUUUGUCUCUGUUUGUUUUUGUGCAUCUCUUCAGUUAUCUGGCUAAAUAUGCUUCAUCUUGGUCUGUAAUACUUGAAGGAUCAUUGUGAGAAAAAAAGGCUAACCACUUAAAUGCAAUGACACUUAACUCGUGUUUCCACAAAGCCUUCUAUGAAUAAAUGUGUUUGUAUAAUA